AUACCAGGAACAACAAUACCGGGAACAGCAGCAGCAGCAGCAGCAGCAAUACCAACAUCAGCAGUUUCGUAACGCUUUCCCUUCUGCGGAAUCGAUGAGGUUUCCAUCAGAAUCGAGCCAGGGUACUCUGGGCCAUGGCCCCUCGAAUGCUAUGGAGCCUCAGCCUUCGAGUAAUACCUUCCAGGAACAGGCCUUGCAAUCUGAAGAGUUCCAGCGAUACGGACUGAACUUGGAAGCAGUUCAGAACGGUGUAUCUGAUGACAAUGGCGGGGAAGCCCAACUGCCAUCCGACUUUUGGGAUUUCCAGACUAUUUUGAUGGAUACAUCCUUGAUGGCUCCUGUUGACCCGUCAAACGGGUGGUCCAGCCUUGACCAGAUGACUUCACGUCCAAUCUUUCAUCAGCAUCCCUUUCCUGCCCCUACCCCUACCCCUGCUCCUGCUCCUGCUCCUGCUCCUGCUCCUGGCUACCAGAAUUGUGGCUACAAUCAGCUCACUGCUCAGCUUCCCCCUGCGAAUCCCACUCUUGCCGGCUGCGAUGCUGAUUGGGCGUGGAAUACGCCAGGUGCACCCGCCUACUAUGCGUCACAGCAGGUCCAUCAGCAACCUGCUUUUCAGCCUGGACAUAAUGAUGUCUUCCAGAAUGGGAGCUACGCACAGCCCCAGCCCGCCGCUUUCCCAACGCAGAAUACAGCCUACACCAACGGCUAUCAGCAACAGCAACCACAGCCGAUGUAUGCGCAAUAUCUCGACAAUAAUUUUGUCAUACAGCGGCUUCAACCCACCAUGUAUACGCCAGCCUAUCCGCAACAACAGACCGCGCAGCACCAAGUCGAAUAUCCCGUUGCCGACUUCGAUCCGCCUACCGCCCACGAAGGACCCCCUUCGCAACAACCAGAAAACCCCAACAACAGCACCCAACAUGGACAACAGCAGAACGCGCAACCGAUGCGACGACGACGACAACCGCAAACCCCGGCACCACACCCUAACUCCCACCUCAGCACCGCAGAAUGGGUAGAGACACAACUCAGGCCCCCUUCUCCCAGCGAGCGUACGGACGGCAAAGGGGAUGGUCCGUGCACAUAGGAGUGAAACUGGGUGGAGUUGAAAUUGAUGAACAGAAAAAGGCUGACUGCGCGUAAGAAGCGAUGGAUGAGACGGAUGAGUAAUGGGGAAUGAGGAAUUGAAAAGCCUGAAGAAGAAGGAGCGAGAAAGAUCUGGAUACGUGUAGACAGGGAGUUGAGGACUGGGGGAGGGUUCAUGGAGGAGAUGGACGGAGGAAGGAAAAGAAGAUGGGAGGUACACGCGAGACAUGAAGAUGCUGUAGCUAUACAAGCGGAGGAUAGGCAAAUUAGAAAGGGGAGGAAGAAACGCGAUAGUGACGGUUGGACGCGUAUAUCUCACAGGGCAUUUUCGUUUUUCAUUUUCGGACUCGCACAGAGAAACCUUUCAUACCGUUAUUGUAGAUACUUACACACCACUCAAUCUCAUGCAAACGAAUCACAACUCUUGUAAAUGAAAUAUGAGGCUGCAGGAACCAAAAGCUGAUGGAUAUGCGAUGACAUACG